AUGGGCCAGGACAACUCCUCCCUCGUCGACGACGACAUCCCGCCCGAGACGCUGUCGGACCGCACCCUCGCCGCCGUCGCAAAGUACAUCAAGGAUGGCAAGGCCCAGAACAUUGUCGCCAUGACGGGCGCGGGCAUCAGCACGGCCGCCGGGAUCCCCGACUUCCGCUCCCCCGGCACCGGCCUGUACAACAACCUCGCGCGGCUCAACCUGCCGCACCCAGAGGCCGUCUUCGAGAUCGACUUCUUCCGCGAGAACCCGGCGCCCUUCUACGUCCUCGCGCGCGAGCUGUACCCGGGCAACUUCUCCCCGACCAUCGCGCACGCCUUCAUCGCGCUGCUCGCCAAGCGCAACCUGCUGCGCAUGCUCUUCACGCAAAACAUCGACUGCCUCGAGCGCGCGGCCGGGGUGCCGGGGGACAUCAUCGUCGAGGCGCACGGCAGCUUCGCCUCGCAGCGCUGCAUCGACUGCAAGACGCCCUUUCCCGACAGGGAGAUGCGCGAGCACGUCGAGCUGGGCGACCCGCCGAGCUGCGCGCAGCCCGGGUGCGAGGGCCUGGUCAAGCCCGACAUUGUCUUCUUCGGGGAGCAGCUGCCCUCGACCUUCUUCGACAACCGCCACGUCCCCGCCGAGGCGGACCUCGUGCUCGUGCUCGGCACGAGCCUGUCGGUCCAGCCGUUCGCGCUGCUCCCCGGACUGGCGCGCGAGGGGGUCCCCCGCGUGCUCUUCAACCUCCAGCGCGUGGGCGACCUGGGCACGCGCCCCGACGACGUGCUGUGCCUCGACAGCUGCGACGCGGGCGUGCGCAGGCUGGCCGAGCACCUGGGCUGGAUCGACGAUCUCGAGGACAUGUGGGUCGCCAUCGUGGGCGAGGAGGAGGCCGCCCGGCAG